ACUACCGUGCUUUUGACAUCGCCACAACGGCUUGACAGCACUCAAAAAUAAAAUGCAAAAUGGCCACGUCUAAUGUUGAUGAAAAUUAUUUUUCAAAAACAUUAGACGAAAAUAACAUACAAUGGGUGCCACUCAGUCUGACCCUGGUUGAAUAUCCAAAAGGUGAUCUCAUUGGCAAAUUUAUGGCGUUCAUAAGUCUGGCCCCCUUUGGAAUAGGUGCGGGUUUUGUGGCGCUAAUCCUGUUCAGGAGGGAUCUACAUACUAUUACGUUUUUCAUAGGUACUUUGUGCUCAGAAGUACUUAAUUAUUGUAUAAAACACACUGUUUGCGAGGAGAGACCUUUGAGGAGGGAUCACCAAUAUGUAGAAUAUGGAAUGCCUUCAUCACAUUCUCAGUUCGUGUGGUUUUUUGCCACAUAUGUUAUUUAUUUUGUAUUUAUUAGGUUACACCACUUGAAUAACAACACCAUAAUAGAAAAUGUAUCAAAGUUCUUGAUAAUUUCCUCGUCUGUUGUUAUGGCAUUGCUGGUUUCGAUAUCUAGAAUAUAUUUGCACUAUCAUACAAUUGCUCAAGUACUAUGUGGGGCGCUUGUGGGGGUGCUGUUUGCAACUGUAUGGUUUGCCCUCACCUAUUUAGUGUUCACGCCACUUUUCCCGCAAGUGGUCACCUGGAGGAUAUCGGAGAUCCUGUUGCUGCGCGACACGACGCUGAUACCAAACGUUCUGUGGUUCGAGUACACGAACACGCGGCAGGAGGUGCGUGCCAGAAGUCGUAAACUGGUCAGUAUGAAGUCACAAUGACACUUGUUGGACGACGGUUUCGGGCUGCCGUUGCCGGUCGGCGCGACCCUGUUGCGGUACUGCAGGUCGGUGCUGCCCUGGCCGAGGAAACGGUAAACGAGAACCGCCAUCCGUACACACACGCAUCUUCACACGUUCGUUUAGUCAACCGCCGGGACAGUACAAUCAAUAAUUGGGUUUUGGGGAAGGAAACUGCGGCUGAGGUUGUCGGUUUUUUGUUCAAAGUACACUGUACAACAAGGGGUGGAUUCUGGGGUAUUUUUUGACUAGUUUGCGGGAUUUUUGCUAUUGAAAAUUCAUGUAACAACCCAAUUUGGUGUGUUAUCUAAAGAAAAACAACAAACAUGUUGAAUUAUAUGUCAAAUUACUGAUAUCCAUUGUGGUAGUAGUACCUUUAAUUUAAAUAAAAAUUAUGUUUGUCAAAAUCCCAAUCUUUAACCAAAUUAUAGAUUAAAUUUCGAAUUAAAAAAUGUAAAAUGUCUAUAAUCUCUAAGUGUAAAUAAUCUUUAUUAUCAAAAUACUAAUUAUAGACUAAAUUUCAAAUUAAAAAAUGUAGAACAUCUAUAAUCUCUAUCAAGUGAGUUUAUAUUUAGAUACAUUGCAUAAACAGCAUUUAUGAAUUUGAUAAUUAUUUUUCUUAUCAAUUUUAAAUAUAUAACAUUAUAAAGAAAAUAUAUUCAAAGUAAAAGAAUAUACAUAGAUUUGUUGUACAGUGUAGUCGUCGUUGUCAACUUAGACACAGUUUCAUGAGUGUGUUGAUCUGAAAAAAAUGGUAUCUGAGAAAUUGUCAAUUUUUAAGAAAUGGUUCGAUAUUUUUUCGAUAUUAAAAUACAAAUACUAUGCGGUUGAGUUGUAAAUAUACUGCAAAAAAUAAUAUACAUAUAUGUUUUGUACAAUAUUCAAUGUUGAUACUGUAACCCCUUAUAAGUGUAUAUCAAACUUAAAAUUUGAUCCGUAUAUUUUUCCUUAAUGUUCAAUCAAUGUUGGAGAUGUUAACUUAGUUCCGAUUCGUGUGAAAUUCUCUAAGUACACACUCACGUUAGUGGACAUUAUAGAAAUGCCCACGAUUUUAUAGUAUAAUUUCAGUAACUCUAAAAACGUUGUAAAAACUAAACUUUAUACAAAUGUACACUUGUUUUUAUUCUGUCCACGAAUGUGAGUGCACGAUAAUUUUCGCCCACGUUACCACGCGGGCACAAACCAGACUGAUAUCAAAUAUUCAAGAUAAGACUACAGUAGCCUCUAAAAAAAAACAAAACAUGACAAGACAUAAGCACUAAACGUUACACAAAAGAAAAACGAUUAUACAAAAACACUUUUUUGCGUAAUGCCGUUUAGUUCUGCCACAAACGUAACACCAAGAGGCAAAAUUAGUUAGAGUCCUUAAAAUAAUAUCCGCACGGUGUGUAAGUCGGAACGUUCAACUUCUGAGUCCACAUGGUGUCGAUUGUGAAGACUAUAGACGAUACAGUAGCUGCUACUAACAUCAACUUAGAUGAUAUAUAUAUAUAUUUUUUUCUCGUUCACCAAAUUGACAAUAUAUUAAAGCUUUAAUAGUAAGUCAUGAAAACCAUUAUUUAGUUUAGUCUCAAUUUAAAAGUUACAGUUGGAACUUUUAAAAUCGGGAUUUUGUUUUUGAGCAGCUAUGAAAUUAUUACUGGUUUCUUUAAAUAGUGGCAGCGUAUAAUAUUAUUAUUUAGUUUUACACAUUUCUAAUCAAUAUUAAUUCCUAAGACAGCAAUCAUUAAUGUACUUACUAACAGUUUGACUGAUUUUUCUUGUUCUAGAAGAAAUUGUAUACUAGUAUAGUUAAUUAUAAUAUAUUUAGAUCCCAAAACUCAAGCCUGCAAUGAAUUCCCAAUUAGAAACAACUCGUUUCACAGGUCGCUUUUACAUAUUAUUUAAUUGUUAAUUGAUUGCAUACUUGAGUUUAUAUUUAAUGUCAUAAAUGUUUCCCUUAAAGUGCUUUAAUUAAGUAUACAAAAAUUUAUUAUUAUGAAUUAAUCAAAUUCAAUUAAACAAAUGUUAUUUUGUAAUUCCUACGUUCUCAUCAAUUUUAAUUGGUAUUUCUGUACAUUCCCGGGGAAGCCGUGAAUUUGAUUAAUUUAAGGCUAAUUGAAGUGACCAAAAAUCCAACGUUUGUGCAAUAUAUGACUUUUUUGUAUAAAGCGGCGAAAAUGACGGAAAAAUUAGGAGAAACCCUGCUGUUAAUAUUUUUUAGGUAAUUUUCGGGUUUGAUUUUUAGAUAUAUUAAUUAAUUUAUUUAGGUAUAUGAGAUUGUUAUUUAUAAAACGAUAUUCGUUUAACUUAUUAUAAACAAUGAUUUAAUAUUAUUAACUGUAUACAUUGUCUUCUGAUAUUAUUAUAUUUACGUAAUUAUUCAUGGUGCAGGGUUCCAGAUAUGGGCUCUCCAAAAUUCAAAAUCAAAUGAAUUACGCACAAUGUACAGAUUAUAUGAUUUCCAUUUAUACCUAUUGUUUUCGUUGUUUGUAUGUUUAUAAACUAAGAAAUAUAGUUAAUAAUGUAAAUUUUAUUACCUGAUUAAAUUAUAAAUUAAACAUAG